AUGAAUGGCACCUAUCGCUACGAUCAUGACUUCCCGGAAGAGACGAUAGAGAUGAAUGCCCGUCAUGGCAACAACCCUUACCUGUACCAGCAACAGCAAUACUCUCAACCGCCCAGUCCAUACUAUGAAACUCACCACCACCACUACGGUUCCCAACCCAUGUCGCCCAUGCGACCGUCUCGCCCGCCAUCAGACGAGUACGGCUCCCCCACAGGAUGGCCACUGCCCGCACCGUCGUUCGUGCACAGUCCUUAUGAUUCCCGAUCCGCUUCUCCCUCGCUGUACCAUCAGCAGCAAAUCGACCAGAGCAACCUGUCCCUAACCAACCUCGUCACCCAAUCGUCGUCUCCCGUCUUCGCGAAGGACUGGGUGCAGCCGGGCUCGAUCGCCCGCAUCUCCGAUCGAGACGAUGUAGACACUUGGAAAGGGUGGAAGCGCUUCCUCUUCAAAUUCGUUCCAUUCUUCACCUUCGCCAACUCGGGGUUGUACCUCUUCUACCUGGGUCUGCGCGUCUUCUGCGUCGUCGCGGCCCAAAAGGCUGCAGGCGAGAGCUAUGCCGCCGCAUGGGUGUUCAUCGCGAUCGAGAUCGCGGUGGCGAUCCCCUCUCAGCUGCACAACUGCUGGACCAUGAUGGCGAUGAAGAAGAGAGGGCGACCAAAGCUGCGACUGAUGGGUGAUGAUGUCCCCACGGUGGACGUCUUUGUCACCUGCUGCGGAGAGGAGGAUGAUGUUGUUCUUGAUACUGUCCGUGGCGCGAUCGACCAAGAUUACCCCGUUCACCGGUUCCGGGUUAUCGUGCUGGACGAUGCCAAGUCGGCAACUCUCGAGUAUUCCAUCAACCAGCUCGCCCUGACCCAUCCCAACGUGUUCUAUAUGGCUCGCGAGAAGAUCCCCGGAAAGCCCCAUCACUUCAAGGCGGGCAAUCUCAACUACGGCCUGGACCAGGUGCGGUCUUUGCCGGGAGGGCCGGGCGAGUACAUGGCGGCUCUCGAUGCGGAUAUGAUUCCGGAGCAGGAAUGGCUGCGUGCCGUUCUCCCCCACCUGAUUGCCGAUCCCCUGAUGGCCCUUGCAUGCCCACCCCAGCUGUUCUAUAAUACUCCGGUCUCUGAUCCCCUGGCACAGAGCUUGGACUUUUUCGUGCAUGUCAUUGAACCCAUCAAGGAUGCGCUCGGUGUGGCUUGGUGUACUGGGUCUGGGUAUAUCUGUCGGCGAGAGGCUCUCGAUCAGAUCGGUCAUUUCCCGCUGGGUUCUUUGGCCGAGGAUGUUGCCACAUCUACGCUGAUGCUGGGUAGGGGUUGGCGAACGGCAUACAUCCACGAGCCCCUUCAGUUUGGUACCGUUCCCGAGGACUACGGUGGCCACCUGAAGCAGCGAACGAGAUGGGCUAUCGGAACCGUGGACACUGCUUUCAAGCUAAAGUUUUGUCUCUGGGGUGAUGCCGUCAAGAAGAUGACGUUUGCCCAGCGCUUCUCGGGGUUCCUCUACGCCACGCUCAGUUUAUAUACCAUCCUGGUCACGGCAUCUCUCUUCGCGAUCCCCAUUAUUCUCUUGUGGGGUAAGAAGCUGGUUGCCUAUGCGGACGAGGAACAGCUGCACUGGCUCAUCUGGGCGUGUUUCGCGGCCAGCAUCAUGAACCGCCUUUGCGAGUUUGUCCUGUUCAGUCCCGCGGGCUACCACACCGGACAGCGCGGUGCUCGAUACCAAAUGUGGAUGUCGCCUUAUAUUGCGCUGUGCAUUAUCCGGUCCUUCAUUCUGCCCCGGUGGCUGGGCGGCCAGACGCAAGCCUUCAAGCCCACUGGAUCCUUGGGUUCAACUCUCAACGAGCGAGACCCGAAACAGCGGCGGCCCAUGUUCGUUCGGUUGCCCGUGCUCUUGUUCAACUAUAUGGCCGUUUUCCAUCUGGUCUUUGUCUACGUCACUCUGGCAGCGGUCGUCAUCUCGACCUACCGGUGUUUUGCCCAGAACAGCGAUUUCAAGGGGAUCGUUAUCUGUCUGAUCACCCACGCCUUCUGGCCACCGAUGGUAUUCCUGUUCAUCUGCACCUCCCUCUGGACCCCUCUCUCGUACAUGAUCGAUCCCCCGAACAUGCCAGACCGCGAGGAUUUGUUGAUCCGAGACCCCAAGACUGGGGUUGCGCACCCGACUGCGCGAAGCAAGAAGAUCGGGUUCGGUGGUCAGGCCGCCUGGUUUGAGCUGGAGUACUCUCUCUCCACGGUGGCCACGGCAUUGGUGUUUGUGUAUUCGUGGUUUUUCUAG